UUGUAUAUAGCAUCUGGGCAGAGCGGGGAGGUGGAGCGUGUGGGACCAAGAUCAUGCCUAAUAGCGAGAGAUUUUCUGGGCUGCAGGGACCGCUAGGUUUGGGAUGAAAGAAGCAGGGCAGAUGCAAGAUCUGGAGAGCGCGGGGGCCGGGCGGUCAGUCAGCACCCAGACUGACAGCAUGAUCGGUCAAAUACCAAGGCUUUCUAAAGUUAACCUUUUCACUCUGCUCAGUCUCUGGAUGGAGCUCUUCCCAGCAGUAGAAGCCCAAAGACAAAAAUCUCAGGUGAAGAAAACUGGUCUUGUGGUGGUGAAAAACAUGAAAAUUAUUGAUCUUCACUGUUCGAGUGAAGAUUUACAUGCUGGGAAAAUUGCUCUUAUAAAACAUGGAUCAAGGCUGAAAAACUGUGAUCUUUAUUUUUCUAGAAAACCAUGUUCUGCUUGUUUGAAAAUGAUCGUAAAUGCUGGAGUUAACCGAAUUUCAUAUUGGCCUGCUGAUCCAGAAAUAAGUUUGCUUUCUGAGGCUUGUAGUUCUGAAGAUGCAAAGUUAGAUGCCAAAGCAGUGGAAAGAUUGAAAUCAAACAGUAGGGCCCAUGUGUGUGUCUUACUUCAGCCUUUGGUGUGUUAUAUGAUGCAGUUUGUAGAGGAAACCUCUUACAAAUGUGACUUUAUUCAAAAAAUUGCAAAGGCAUUCCCUGAUGCUAACACUGACUUUUAUUCUGAAUGUAGACAAGAACGAGUAAAAGAAUAUGAAAUGUUAUUUUUUAUUUCAAAUGAAGAACUACAUAAGCAGAUACUGAUGACUAUAGGUUUGGAAAACCUAUGUGAAAACCCAUACUUUAGCAAUCUAAGGCAAAACAUGAAAGACCUUAUCCUGCUUUUGGCUACAGUAGCUUCCAGUGUGCCUAACUUUAAACACUAUGGAUUUUAUUGUGACAAUCCUGAACGGAUUAAUGAAAUUCACAGUCAAUGUUUGCCACAAGAAAUUUCAAGGCACUGCAUGGUUCAGGCCAGGUUAUUGGCAUAUCGAACUGAGGACCAUAAAAUAGGAGUUGGAGCAGUAAUUUGGGCAGAAAGAAAAUCUCAAAAUUGUGAUGGCACAGGCAUAAUGUACUUCAUAGGAUGUGGUUAUAAUGCUUUUCCUGUUGGAUCUGAGUAUGCUGACUUCCCCAAUAUGGAUGACAAACAGAAAGACAGAGAAAUAAGAAAAUUUAGAUACAUUGUCCAUGCGGAACAGAAUGCCUUGACAUUUAGGUGUCAAGAAAUAAAACCAGAAGAAAAAAGUAUGAUUUUUGUGACAAAAUGCCCAUGUGAUGAGUGUGUACCUUUAAUUAAAGGUGCAGGCAUAAAGCAAAUCUAUACAGGGGAUAUAGAUGUUGGAAAAAAGAAGGCAGACAUCUCUUACAUGCGAUUUGGAGAACUUGAGGGUAUUAGCAAAUUUACAUGGCAGCUGAAUCCAUCAGGAAGUUGUGUUCUUGAACAAAACGAGCCUGAAAGCAAAGAGAGUGUGCUGAGACAAAGAAAUAUGGCCCAAAUGAAAGAACAGAUCAAAACUCCAGAAAGAGAACUAACUGAUGAAGAGAUAGCCAGCCUAUCAGAUGCAGAGUUCAAACCACUGGUAAACAGGAUGCAGAAUGCUCACAGAAUUGGUCGAGUAUGGUCCAAAGUAGAGGAAGAAGUGAAGGCUAUGCAAAAUGAAAUAAAGAAAAAUAUGCAGGGAACCAACAGUGAAGGGAAGGAAACUGGGACUCAAAUCAAUGGUUUGGAGCAGAAGGAAGAAAUAAACAUUCAACCAGAACAGAAUGAAGAAAUAAGAGUUCAAAAAAAUAAGGAGAGGCUUAGGAACUUCCAGUAGAACUUUAAAUGUUCCAACAUGAAAAUCAUAGAGGUGCCAGAAGGAGAAGAGGAAAAACAAAAAAUGGGAAAAUUAUUUGAGCAAAUAACAAAGAACUUCCCUAAUCUGACAAAGGAAAUAGACUUCCGGGAAGCCCAUAGAGUCCCAAAGAAGUUGGACCCAAGGAAGCACACACUAAGGCACAUCAUAAUUACAUUACCCAAGAGACUAAAGAUAACAAGUUGCCCUGACUGGUGCAGCUCAGUGGAUUGAGUGCUGGCCUGCAAACCAAAGGGUCACUGGUUGGAUUCCCAGUCAGGGGACAUGUCUGGGUUGCAGGGCCAGGACCCAAUAGGGGGCACAUGAGAGGCAACCAUACACUGAUGUUCCUCUCCCUCUCUUUCACUCUCCCUUCCUUUCUUUCUAAAAAUAAAUAAAAUCUUUUUUAAAAAGAUAGGGAGAGCAUCAUAAAAGCAGCAACAGAAAAGGAGACAGUUACCUACAAGGGAGUUCCUGUAAGACUAUCAGCUUUUUUUCUCAAAAGAAACCUUACAGGAAAGAAGGCACUAAAAGAAGUAUCUGAGAUUAUGAAAGGCAGGAACCUACAUCCAAUAGUACUCUGUCCAGCAUAGCUAUCAUUUAGAAUGAAAGGGCAGAUAAAGUGCUUCUCCUAGGUAAGGUAAAGUUAAAGGAGGUCAUCAUCCCCAAACCCGUAUUAUACAAAAUGUUAAAGGGACUUAUCUAAGAAAAAAGAUGAUUAAAUAUAUGAACAGUAAAAUGACAACAAACUCACAAUUAUCAACAACUGAAUGUAAAAAAAAAAAAAGCCUAAGCAAACAACUAGAACAGGAGCAGACUUGCAGAAAUGGAGAUCACAUGGAGGGUUAUCAGUAGAGAGGUGGGGGGGCGAAUAAAAUGGGAAAAGGUACAGGGAAUAAGCAUAAGUGGUAGGUACAAAAUAGACAGGGGGCGGUUAAGAAUA